UUAUAAGAAAAAGAGAUCAAAGACAUAAAAGAGAUAAAGAAGAUAAAAGAUAAAGACUCGCCAUUUUUACCUCUUUUCUCGACGACGUGUCCAGCCUUAUGUUCUAAAAAAUCAUUAGCUAAUCUUCGUCUCAGCGUUCUGAAAUCAAGUGGGGAAAAUGUCUGCGAGACCGGCCAAAUUCCAGGAGCAUCUUUGUGAGGUGAAAGAGGAGCCCUCAAGUCACCGACACUGGACUGUGUGCAAACUAUUGGACAAUAGGGGUUUUCUUCGCAGACUGGAAGAUGUCAGCCGAGCCCAUCGUCCUGAGAACCAGGAAUUUGCAUGCAUCAAGAAGGAAGAGGAGGCAGAUGAGUUUCUACACAUUCAAGGUUUCAGAAAAUAUCUUGGUGCUGAGCAGCAGCAGCCAGAAUCUUCUGGCGUUAAAGAGGAUGUUGAGCUCCCCCAAAUCAAAGAGGAGGAGGAGCCAGAGCCCUGUCAACAGAAGCAACUUCCAAUCAAAAAGGAGGCGGAAGAGCUGCCAUGCAUUAAAGAGGAGGAAGAGGAGGAGCAUAUUACCAGGUCGACUGGUGAGCCCUUGAAGAGUGAAGAUGGUACGAAUGAGGCCAGCAGAGGGGCGGAGCCUCUAAGCGGCAGCAGCAGCAGCUCAACAGAAGGAUUGCAAGCAAACAUUUUCAUCGCUCCAUCAGACAGAAAUGGGGCCACUUCACACUCACCUUACAAUGCAAUAGGAUACAAUGCAAUACAAAAACCUUUUUCCUGUUCAGUUUGUGGUCAAAUAUUCAGUUGCAAGAGCACCUUAAAACAACACACAGGAACCCACACUGGAGAAAAACCUUUUUCCUGCAAAGUUUGUGGCAAAAAAAUCUCUUCAAAGAGAGACCUAGCAGUUCACACAAGAACCCACACUGGAGAAAAACCUUUUUCCUGCAAAGUUUGUGGCAAAAGAUUCUCUUCAAAGAAACACCUACCAGCUCACACAAGAACCCACACUGGCGAAAAACCUUUUUCCUGCUCAGUUUGUGGUCAAAGAUUCAAUCUAAAGCAACACUUACAAAGACACGAAAAAACCCACACUGGCGAAAAACCUUUUUCCUGCUCAGUUUGCGGUAAAAAUUUCAGUCAGAGUAGCAACUUAAAACAACACAUAAGAACCCACACUGGCGAAAAACCUUUUUCCUGCUCAGUUUGUGGUCAAAGAUUUAGUUGUAAGAACAACUUAAAACAACACACAGGAACCCACACUGGAGAAAAACCUUUUUCCUGCAAAGUUUGUGGCAAAAAAUUCUCUUCAAAGAGAGACCUAGCAGUUCACACAAGAACCCACACUGGAGAGAAACCUUUUUCCUGCAAAGUUUGUGGCAAAAAAUUCUCUUCAAAGAGAGACCUAGCAGUUCACACAAGAACCCACACUGGAGAAAAACCUUUUUCCUGCAAAGUUUGUGGCAAAAGAUUCUCUUCAAAGAAACACCUACCAGCUCACACAAGAACCCACACUGGCGAAAAACCUUUUUCCUGCUCAGUUUGUGGUCAAAGAUUCAAUCAAAAGCAACACUUACAAAGACACGAAAAAACCCACACUGGCGAAAAACCUUUUUCCUGCUCAGUUUGCGGUAAAAAUUUCAGUGAGAGUAGCAACUUAAAACAACACAUAAGAACCCACACUGGCGAAAAACCUUUUUCCUGCUCAGUUUGUGGUCAAAGAUUUAGUUGUAAGAACAACUUAAAACAACACACAGGAACCCACACUGGAGAAAAACCUUUUUCCUGCAAAGUUUGUGGCAAAAAAUUCUCUUCAAAGAGAGACCUAGCAGUUCACACAAGAACCCACACUGGAGAAAAACCUUUUUCCUGCAAAGUUUGUGGCAAAAGAUUCUCUUCAAAGAAACACCUACCAGCUCACACAAGAACCCACACUGGCGAAAAACCUUUUUCCUGCUCAGUUUGUGGUCAAAGAUUCAAUCAAAAGCAACACUUACAAAGACACGAAAAAACCCACGCUGGCGAAAAACCUUUUCCCUGCUCAGUUUGCGGUAAAAAUUUCAGUCAGAGUAGCAACUUAAAACAACACAUAAGAACCCACACUGGCGAAAAACCUUUUUCCUGCUCAGUUUGUGGUCAAAGAUUUAGUUGUAAGAACAACUUAAAACAACACACAGGAACCCACACUGGAGAAAAACCUUUUUCCUGCAAAGUUUGUGGCAAAAAAUUCUCUUCAAAGAGAGACCUAGCAGUUCACACAAGAACCCACACUGGAGAAAAACCUUUUUCCUGCAAAGUUUGUGGCAAAAGAUUCUCUUCAAAGAAACACCUACCAGCUCACACAAGAACCCACACUGGCGAAAAACCUUUUUCCUGCUCAGUUUGUGGUCAAAGAUUUAGUCAAAUGAGCACCUUAAAACAACACACAAGAACCCACACUGGAGAAAAAACUUUUUCCUGCAAAGUUUGUGGCAAAAGAUUCUCUUCAAAGCAAUACCUACCAGUUCACACAAGAACCCACACUGGCGAAAAACCUUUUUCCUGCUCAGUUUGUGGUCAAAGAUUCAACCAAAAGCAACACUUACAAAGACACGAAAAAACCCACACUGGCGAAAAACCUUUUUCCUGCUCAGUUUGCGGUAAAAAUUUCAGUCAGAGUAGCCACUUAAAACAACACAUAAGAACCCACACUGGCGAAAAACCUUUUUCCUGCUCAGUUUGUGAUCAAAGAUUUAGUUGUAAGAACAACUUAAAUAAACACACAAGAACCCACACUGACGAUAAAUCUUUUUCCUGCUCAAUUUGCGGUAAAAAUUUCAGUCAGAGUUGCAACUUAAAACGACAUAUAAGAACCCACACUGGCGAAAAGCCUUUUUCCUGCUCAGUUUGUUGUCAAAGAUUUGGUUGUAAGAACAACUUAAUAAAACACACAAGAAACCACACUGACGAAAAAUCUUUUUCCUGCUUAGUUUGUGGUGAUUGAUUCAUUCAAAAGCAAUACUUAAAAGUACACACAAGAUCCCACGCUGGCGAAAAACCUUUCUCCUGCUCAGUUUGUGGUCAAGGAUUCUCUCAAAAGCAACACUUACGAAGACACGAAAGAAACCACACUGGCGAAAAAACUUUUUCCUGCUCAGUUUGUGGUCAAAGAUUCAGUCAAAUGAGCACCUUAAAACGACACACAAGAACCCACACUGGAUAAAAAUCUUUUACCUCUCAGUUUGUGGUCAAAGAUUCGCUUGGAAGGAUCGGAUGAAGAGACGUAUGUGUUGGUGUGAGAAGCAGUGACCAAUGACUGUUCUGCCUGUCAUAAAUGCUGGCUUCAUCAUAUUUUGCAUGCAGGUUAGGUUAGGAUUAGGGGUUAUGUUCGUAUUCAUGGUACACUUUAUUUUUGUGAUUGCAUUUUUGUUUGGACUUUACCAUUUUGUUUUUUACCUUUUCUGGCCAUCAUCGCCUUUCCCUUGGUUCUCUCGCCGACUCGGUUCGUGCCUCUUUUUGUUUGCAUUUCUUUUUCUGGUGUUCUGGCGUGCUCCCUUGGUUUUUUUGUAAUAAAUUCUACAAAAACAUCCUCGUCUUUUUUGGAUCCAUAUUAUAUGGCUCGCCGUUUCAUUACAAAGUUAAGUGGCAUUAUUUAUAUAAUACUCUGCCUUUCAAACUACACUUUUCACAUUUAAAAUUUGAAAA